AGUUCCGAUGAAUUCAAUGUCCAAAAUCUGUGUCGAAUAUGUUUAUCUGUGAAUAAUAUAGAAAUGUACUCGGUAGUGCAUUCCGAAGAUAGUGAUAAACUUCCAGAGUUAUUUUCGUCUUUCACAGCAAUUCACGUGCUUCCAAAUGAUGGCCUACCAACAAAUAUCUGCAAUGUAUGCAAAAUGCAACUAAUAAAUAGCCAUGAAUUCAAAACCAAGUGUGUCAAAGCGGACCAAAUGCUCAGGUCCUUGCUGAAGGGAGAAUUUGUUGCCAAAGAAGAAUGUUGUGAUGAAGUUAUAAGAACCAAAGUAAACAAAGAACAAAAUGACAUUGAUGGAUCUAACUUGAAAGAUUUUAAGGAGGAAAAUGAAGAUAUGACUGAAGAUGUGCAGUAUUUAGAAGAUUUAAGUGAUGAUGAAACUUUAUGCAUAUUGCAAGGCGCCGAAAGGAGCAAAGAAAAGCAGUUGGUGCAAUUUAGUACUACAAACUCCAAAUCAUUAUUAAAGGAAAUUAAAAAGAAAAAGAAGUCAACUGUUUGUACCUUAUGUUCUAAACGAUUCCCCAACAUAAAGGCUCUAAGCAAUCACAAUCGGCGUAAUCAUAGCAACGCGAAGCUUCCUCACGCCUGCAAUUAUUGUAAGGAGACCUUCUCAUCAGACCAUGAUCUCAAACUACACCUACCGUUGCAUAGCAGAGGUCCCGUGUGGGCUUGUAUUGAAUGUGAAAAGGAGUUUAAAGGGCGUGCGCUUUUGCGCCGGCACGUAGCGAGACACAUGUCAAUGAAGCGCUGGGCGUGCGAAGCGUGCGGCAAAUCGUUCACGGAACUGUAUGCACUGCGCCGACAUACUCGUACACACACCGGACAACGAGUUGAAAAGCGACACGCCUGCCAUUUAUGUGAUAAGAGGUAUGGCGAGGCGUGCCAACUAGCAGCGCACAUAUCGCGGCAUAGCGGCGUACGACCCUGUGUAUGCGACAUAUGUGGUAAGGCGUUCCCCACUGCGCGCCUGCUCGCUAGCCACCGCCUUGUUCACACAGAUAGCAAACCUUUCGCCUGCCAGUACUGUGAUAAGAGGUUCCGUCACGAGUCGACACGCAGCACGCACCACCGAACGCACACCGGUGAGAAACCGUACGUGUGCACCGUCUGCGGCAAAACAUUCAUACAGAACUCGAAUCUUACGCUGCAUAUGCGAACGCAUACUGGUGAACGACCCUACAGGUGCGAGACUUGCGGGCGGAAGUUCUCAUCGGGUUCGACGCUCAAGAACCACGUACGAACGCAUACAGGCGAAAAACCUUACAGCUGUAGUGAAUGUGGAAAAAAAUUCGCUCGCAUGGACAUGAGCGCUCACAUGAGGCAACACACGGGCGAGCGCCCGUUCGAGUGCAGCGUGUGCUAUCGCAAAUUUAUCACUGCCGCGCGCUUACGCGAACACUGCAGGAUACAUACAGGUGAAAAACCGUUCGAAUGUGCGAUGUGCUCACAGAAAUUCGCGACCAAAUCUCAUAUGGUCAAACACUUGAAAUCACAUGACACCAAAAAGCAACGGAACAGAGAAGCAGUUAUAAUUCGUCAUACAUCCGACCGCGCCUCCGAUAAGCGCUUUGAUCUCGAUAAAGAAAUCAAGAGUCAGAUCAUAAUAAAUAAUUCUAUUGACACAGAAGACCAAUCGAAAAUAGAUGUAGACGAUGGGCCUCUAGAAAUAACACAAGAAUACAUUCUACCGGAUGAGGAUGCCCAAAGUGAACUUAUAGUCGUCGAUGAUACACAAAAUAGUUUUCAGAACGCAGCAUUGUGCUUGACGACAGGAGGUGGAAAUUACUCCAAUGAUGUUAAUUUAGUUGCAGUAAAUGAAGGUGAAGUUAGAAUGCUAGAAGGCACUACUGUGAAACUGUAUCAACUGGAUCAAAGCUUGGUGCAGAUACACAGUUCCGCUGGACAAGUGACAAUAAGCAAGAUUACUAGUAAAAUGACUGCCAACUUUUAGACUUGAGUAAAAUG